AUGGCCAACGCAGCAGAACCGAGAGUUCACCCCUUCUUUGAGCCCAAGACUUGUUCUUGGCAGUAUGUGGUAGCCUGUCCUGAAAAGAAAGAGGCGGCCAUCAUCGACCCAGUCCUGAAUUACGAUCCCGCCAACUUCCUCAUUACCACCGAAUCUGCAGAUGGACUUAUCGAAUGUGUUCUCAAAAAUGGAUAUACAGUCACCAUGCUACUAGAGACACAUGCCCACGGAGACCACCUCACAGCCAGCUACUAUAUCCAACAAACUCUCUGGUCCCGCGGGCAACCACACGCACAGAUCUGCAUCGGCGAGAAUGUCAGAGUCCUCCAAAGUCACUUUGCACAGAAAUAUCACAUCCCGAGAAAAGAAACCGAGAACGCCUUCGACCAUCUCUUCCAGCCCGACGAAGUAUUCGAUAUUGGCGACGUUACCAGCAUAGCCCUCCAUCUCCCAGGUCAUACACCAGACCACGGAGGCUACAAAAUAGGGGAGAAUAUAUUGACGGGAGAUAGCAUGUUUAACCCGGAUAUUGGCAGUGGUCGAUGUGACUUCCCAGGUGGCGAUGCUCGGCAACUUUUCCGCUCUAUGAAGCGCCUUCUUACUUUCCCGCCGGAAACGAGAUUAUACACGGGCCAUGAUUAUCCUCCUUCCAAUGAAUACACAGCACGCGAUCCCUUGCCAUAUGUGACGGUCGGCGAGCAGGAAAAGAACAAUAAGCACAUCAAGAAUGACUCGACAGAGGACGAGUUUGUGAAGUGGAGAACUGAGCGGGACAAGAAAAUGCCUGAGCCGAAGCUUGUGCACCAGGCCAUGCAGGUCAACGUGCGUGGAGGCAAGAUGCCAGGCAAAUCGCACUCUGGAAAGGCAUAUCUGCUAUAUCUCAUCGAUGUCCCGAAGGUACUGUUGACUGGAUAG